CCGGGAAAGUACAUGAUUUGAAUGCAUAAAUAUCGAACGUACCUGCAACAACAACUGUACCUGUACCUGUGGUAGUUUAUGCUUUCUUCAUUAUCGAAAGUAACCUGUGGCCUCAAAAUUCUUCUUCGUAAUAUGUCUGGAAAAACCGCCAAAGUAGCUUUGCCAGUGGCUCUGCAAAAAGGUCUGAUAGGAUCUGCAAAAACUCUUGUUCCAAAACAUGAUGAACCACAUCCAUGCGCUCUGUUCUUCGAUUUGGAUGAAUUUGAAGCAAAUCUUCAGCGAGCAAAGGAUGCGUUUGGAGAAGGAUUUUUACAUGCCAUGGCAAUCAAAGCUAAUCCAAUUCACGAAAUGAUAAAGAUUUGUAAACAGAAGGGAAUUGGUACAGAAUGUGCAUCUAUAGGUGAAGUUAUAAAUUCACUCGAAGCUGGUAUAGAUCCAAAGAAUAUUGUAUAUGAUUCACCAGUUAAAACUCGUCCAGAAUUGGAAUUUGCGUUAAAGAAUGGGUUACAUGUCAAUACAGACAACUAUCAAGAACUGGAAGUUAUUUCUGAAAUAAUGAAGGACAUAAGUAAUUUUCAAGGAACUGUCGGUUUGCGGAUUAAUCCUGUAAUGGCGGCAGGUGACAUCAAGGAAUUAAGUGUUUCAACUACAGACUCUAAAUUUGCAGUUCCAUUAACCGAGUCAUCAAGAGAGGAGGUGAUUGGCUGGUUUGUGGAAAGACCUUGGAUGACAUGUGUUCAUGUUCAUAUUGGAUCUCAGAGUUAUGGAGUUGCUGGUCUUUGUCAAGGCGCAAAAUCUGCAGUUGAUCUAGCUUUGGAUAUUAAUAAAAGAGUGGGCAGAAAUCAAGUUGAUGUUAUUGACAUUGGUGGUGGUAUGGGGGUGAACAGGAAAGAUGACUCAAUAUCUCCAACCUUCCAGGAGUAUGCAGACUGCCUUGAGAAAACUGUCCCUCAAAUAUUUCCCUCAAAAGGAAUUUUUAAAAAAAUUAUUACGGAAUUUGGUCAGGCUUUGAAUGCAAAGGCAGGCUGGAUUGCAAGUCAAGUAGAGUACACAAAGAAAAUACCUGAUUCUGAUCAUACCAUUGCUCUGAUCCAUGUUGGUGCUGACAUGUGCAUGAGAACUUGUUAUGUACCACAUGUUGACAAAUAUAAGAGAAGAGUAGAAGUGUUUGAUUCGUCAGGAAUCAAGAAGUCUGGCAAGGAGGCACCUCACAAUAUUGCUGGCCCACUGUGCUUCGCUGGUGACGUGGUCAGCAGAGACAUCAUUUUGCCACAGAUAGAGAAAGGAGACUUUGUCAUUUUGCAUGAUUGUGGUGCCAACUCGGUGUCUACCUUUUCCAGGCAUUGUAGCCGAUUUGUUCCUCCUGUUAUAGGUUACCGUGUAAAAGGUGAUGAGGUGCAUUUUCAAACUCUCAAGGAUGCAGAAACUAUAGAACAAAACUUGGCAUUCUGGGGAGCUAAAUCAGUCACAAAAUAUAUAAAAUGCAAUAAUUUGUCUGUGAACGGAUUCUAAAGUUGGUAAAUAAUUGAAUGGUGAAAUAUUCCAUCAUUUCAGUGUUGCGUCUUUGAGUUAUGAAGGCUCAAUAUUACAAUAUGCUAAUGGAAAUGACAUCGUUGGAUGUUUCAUCAGAUAUACGAACUCUGAAGUAGUUGGCUGCUUAAAAGUCACAGUUUCAUGACAUUAAAUUUAUUGUAGGCAAUAUUUCCAGAUAUAGCUAUGAAAACAUUUUUGAGUGACUGUUUCAAAGUUUGUAUAUCUGAUGAAGCCUUCCUUGUCGUCAUUACCAUUAGCAAGUUGUAAGAUUGAACCUUCAAAACUCAAAGAUGCAACACAGUGAAAUGAAAAAAAUAUUUCACUAUUCAAUUGUUCACUUGAUAAAGAAUCAACUCACAGAGAAUCAGCAAUAGAGUAUUGUACAAAAACUAAAAGCGCGCAACACUUUUUUUAACACUUUAAACAAUAGAAAACAAUAGAAUUAGCAUAAUUUACCAAGCUUUUAGUGGUAUUUAUGUUGCAAAGUUUUAGUGUUUGUACUCUAAUGGUAAUGGAAAAUUAAUUUAGGUUAAUGUCUAAAUCGAAAACUUAUAAUUUAGUUGGGAAAAUAGAAGUCAUUAAAACAAACUUAGUUAAUACUUAUCUUUACCUAAUUUUCCAAUGAAUACAGAAUGAGGAAAUAAAGGUAUACCAUAAGACAUUGUAUUAUUUUAUGUUUAAAUUUUUAAGAAUACUUUUUGCAAAUUAGCUGCUUUAAUACAGUAGUGAUAAAGAGGAUAUUACAUGGUCAUGCAGAGAUAAGGAUUUUAUCUUGAGUGUUCCAUUGAUAUCUCAAGAGUAAGCAAGAUUUCCUGGUAUUUUAUUGAAUUUUAUAUGAUCAUGAUGGAACAAUUGUGAUUGGCUAGAAAAAACAAUUGCUAAUUUUUGAUUGGUCAAUUAAAAAUGAUGUCAAACACAGAUAAGUGCCUGGAAAUUCAUAACUUUCUAAACAAAAGUUUCUUUAGCUUUUAUUCACUGACAUUUUUAAAAGCUUCUCAACUUGAAAGAAACAUAAAAAACCUCUCAAACUUAAAUGCAGGGCUGUCAACCCCAGACAAUUAUAUUACAUCAAUGUUGAUUUAAAUCUGCUAUUUUGUUAAGAUUUUWCAAGCCCCUAAAAAUGGCUGCAGACUACCUGUAAUUUGGAAAUUCAUGCACAAAUCAGGUCCCAUUUUUGGUGAAUAUAUUUAAAAAACUUAGUGUUUUGCCUUUUUCUCCAAAAAACAAAAAAACAUUGCAAUUUUGAGAACGUAACACAAUUAAAUUUUAAGACUUUGGAUUUUUAUGCAGGAGAGUUGACAGCUCUGAAAGGGUGGUGAUGAUCUUUAAAUAAUCAAAUGUAAUUUGUUGAUUCAUUUAUUUAUACUGUUGAAGCUGAGCUUAAAUGUAUGUGUGCAAUGAUUUUAUUACUUGAUAAGAAAUUAUAGUGCAGCGAUGUAGUUUUAAUUAUAUAUUAUACCAAAUUCUUCACUCAAAAUAAAGUACUGUCUUGGAAAA